AUGAAGACUGCAGCAGGAGCCUUGAGCCCUGACUCCCGGCCAGAGACACGACAUCAGACCAGAAAGAAUGAGGAGGCCGCGUGGGGCCCACGGGCGUGCAGGGCAGAGAGGGAAGACAACAAGAAGUGCCCCCCCUCCAUCCUGAAAAGGAGCCGGCCGGAGCAUCACUGCCCAGAGGCCGAGCCCCAGAGGACCUCGAGGCAUGUGCGGUUCCGAGAACCCCCGGCGGUGACCGUCCACUACAUUGCUGACAGGAACACCACGGCCACUGUCAGGGUGCCCGGCAGGCCCAGGCCACACAGCGGCUCCCUGCUCCUGCGGCUGUGCGUGUGCGUCCUUCUCGUGCUGGCCCUGGGCCUGUACUGCGGCCGGGCCAAGCCCGUGGCAACGGCACUGGAGGACCUGCGGGCCCGGCUCCUCAGCCUUGUCCUGCACCUGCAGCACGCGGCCCUCACCUGCUGGCACGGCCUCCUGCGGCUCUGAUGGGCAGGACGGGCAGGGCUUCCCGGAGAGCUCAAGCACUCCGGGGGCUCUGAGACAGCCUGAGCCCUGGCCCUGCUGCUUGGUGAAUCAUGAGGGCCAAGAAGGGCUGCUGCCUGGGGGCCGACUGGGAAAAGUGGGACCCCACGGCGUGAGACUGGACAUGGGGGGCACAGCGGGCGGCCCUGCCACACCAGUCAGCACAGCCCUCCUGUCUCCUGUGUUGGGUCCAUGUGAGAUUUUAUUAGAAAGAGGAUUCGACUGCUAACACUUGGGGCUCCCUAGGCUCACCCAAAGACCUUCCCUUGUCCCAGCGGGAACUCCUGCUGCUGCUAGGACCCGGCCCAGCCAUUGCCGUGUGCACCCGCUUGAGGAGGGGGCACUGCCUGUGUUCGAGGGGCUGCUCGGAGGAGGCAAACCCAGCCUUUUGCAAUUAGGGCCUGUGGAGAACCCAGACCUCGAAACCCCACAGGAAGGGUUUGGUUGUCAAGGUGGGUCCCUCUGAUGUGAGGUGCCAUCCUCUGAGCCCAGGUCUGACCCCCUACUCAGUCCCAUGAGUCUGGGGAGGCCCCGGGGGGGACCCCUCAUCGGGGGCAGCUUCAGGUGUAGAAGCCGAGGGGACAGCAAGGGGCCCAGACACCCCCGGCCUUCAGAACAGCCAUCUGUGCCCAGCUCUGCGGGCCGGGGGCACCCAGCUGAGCCCAGGGCCAGCCAGUGCCACCCACCAGCUGGGGCCUGUAGGUCCCGGAGAUCGUCUGUGGUUGUGGCUUUGUCAACAGAUUGCAGAGCUGAAGGGAGCCCUGUGGGUGACGUACACUAGGGGCCCCUCCAGACCCUACGUCGGGGGAGGGCCGAACAAAGCAGGGAGGCCCACGGUUAGGGACCAGGCAGAACUGCCCGGGAGAGACACAGGGACAAUCAGACCAGUGUCCUCGAGGCUAGCCUGAGAGGGAAGGGCACGGCUGACGACCUGCCUGGUGGUUCCUCUCUGUCCCACCACUUAACUGGGAGACACUGCUCUAUUAAAACACACGGUGGCUUCCUUCA